AUGACUGCUCCUCGGGAAUGGGGUGUCAAGACAUGGGGCGUGGCGGACAAGAGCAGCGUCCCGUUCGAGAUAUCCGAAAUCUAUUAUCCCACAGCACGAGCGAUCGACGCCGUACUAGCAAGGUAUUUCGACAUCAGAGCCAACCUUCAUGCAGACAUUCUCGAAGCGCUGCGAGAGUACGAGAAGGGAGUGGAAGCGAUCAGGGAAUGCAAGAAAGAGUACGAUGCCAUCCUUGAAGAGAUGGCCACAGUCCACAACUUGCCCAACAGAGCCCAGCGCAUUUCUGAGAGUCGUCCAUGGCUCGUCUACUGGAAUACGCCCGACUACUGGAUCGAGGGCGCUACCGGACUGAGGCUGGAGAUCAAGCCAGGUCCCAAGCACAAAUGGCACAAUGAGUGGAGGGAAAGAUUGAUGACAGCAGAAGCAUGCUAUGGUCCACAAGGACUGCCUGCUUACCCUCCGUUCAACGUUUCUCCGCAUUGGGUCGGUCGUGCCCACCCUCAGCCCCUUUAUAUCGCACAGCAACAAGAGCCGCAGCAGGAGCAGGCGCAGCAAGAGCAGCAGGAGGAGCAGGAGCAGCAACAGCAGCAACAGAAGGAGACGCAGCAGGAGCAGCAGGAGCAGGUAGAGCAAAAGCAGGCCAGCUCAACUGAGGCAGGUCCAUCCCGGCCGCCCCCACAGCCCGUUGCCAAUCCGGAAGAGGCGGCUUCCUCCUUGUCUCGUUCGUCCAGCGCCCUCAACACAGCUUCCAGCGCUCGCCUUGCUGGGCAACCAUCUUCCCCCGAGCACACUCGCUCUCCCUCGGAAGGGCCGUCGGAUACCAACACUCGGCCGACUAAGCUCGACAAAGGGAAGGGCAAGGCCGUCGAUACUCCCCACAAGAAUAACAUUACGACCACCGCUGCCAUCUCUGGCUCCUCGUCUACAUCUGCCACUGACUCAGUCCCUGCUCUCAUCAUUGCGGUACCGCCAAGUACCAACGACACUAGGCCCACCAAGCUCGACAAAGGGAAGGGAAAGGCCGUCGAUACCCCUGGCAGCAGCACCACCACGGCCACCGCUGGCACCGUGAUCAUUGACUCCUCGUCCACUGCCGUUGGGUCUCCAUCUACAUCUGCCGCUGCUCCUGUCUCCGCUUCUGGCCCUUCUAUUGCGGGACCGUCCAUCACCGGAAAUACGAUCGACAACCCCGCUAGUAACACCAGCAACAAGAGUAGCACAACUAACAGCAACUCCACUGACACCAUCAUUCCCACUCCAACCAGCAAAGUAGAGAGCGAUCAGGAAGCCGUCGCAAACGAUGCCAAAGACAAGAGCACCGCAAACGUGCAACGCAGAGCGACCAAGAUCAAGAUCAUCCCUCCUGGUAGCAAGAAAGACGUCAAAGGCAAAGGUAAAGCGGUCGACCCACCCAGCCACGUUAACAACAAUGCCCACAAGAUUACCAAGCCCAGCGGUAGCAAGGAGCCCGCGGCCGUUGCUACAAACAGAAUCAUCAAGCGCUCGCAAGUGGUCAAAGGAAAGUACUGGGCUUUCAAGCUUGAUUCCUCCAUGUUUACGAAAGACGGCAGAAUCAGGGCGGAGUUUUCUAAUGACAAGGGAAACAACAAGAGCUUGGCCAAAGAAAAGGUUAGGCCGACGGUGUCUGACAGUGCCAAUGACAAUGGCGAAGGCAGCAGCAGCAUGGCCAGUAGCAGCAAGACCGCCACGGCCAUCAACAAUGGCAAUGACGACAACUCCGACGACGAGCUGGCCCUUGGCCGAGAGAGUGAUGACUACGACAGUGGCAGCGAAACGGACGAUAGCAAAGACAGUACCUAUACCCUCACGGACAAAGCCAAGAAGGGUAAAGUCACUACCGCCGCCGCCGCCGCCACUACGGCAUCCAGCUCCGACUCAAGCUCCAACAAGCGCAAACGCGCCACUACCGACACAGGCGACGAAGAACAAACCGCCUAUUAUGUCCUCCGCUGUCCACUCGAUCGUAAUUGCAUGUCUCAAUCCGACGCCACCCACAACGAUCCGGAAGACAGCAAAGGGGUCUUUUGCCGGCACCCCUUCAAAAGGCGCCGCGCAAUGAAACACAUCGAAACAUGCCAGUUACAUGAGGAACUUCGUAGUGAAAGACAAAUAUGGGAGAAUUGUUGUUUGAGGGUUGUCCCUGAUCGAAAGAACACGCCUGUCAACGAUGAAUGGGCUAUGAGACACAACAGGACUUUGAUCCGAAGCUUAGUCCACAAGGCCGGGGGCGGAAAAAGGGCAAGGGAGAAGAUGGAGAAGGAGCUGGAGGAGGAUCUUUGA